ACGAUAAUUUAGUUAUGAUUUUAGACUUGAGCCUCACAGCACUCGAGUCAAAGACUGGGAGUGAACACAACAAUAUAGCCAUGAAAACUAACGCUACUAAUUUAAACCUUUUUAUCAAAUGAAAGCGCCACGAGUUUAGUGAAGUCGUUCGACGAUAUCUGACGACUAAGGACCUUCCCUUGAUUCUCCUGACCCUAUAGGAAGUAAGAGAGGGCGGUAAGCACGUAGGCUACGACGACAGUAGACACUACUUUCGCCUCGCUUUUAGCCCAACCUGGAAUCAAUAAAUAAGACUGGAAGAUCACAGGAUAUCUCUUCAAUACCCGUAACUGUGUCUGAGACAAUGGAGGACAGGACUUUACUGCAGAACAUACGCCAGACGGCCAAACCCAGCACACCUGUUUUAAUAAUUACCAAGCUAAUUGUGAUGGCCAUACCCGUCGCGGAGAUUGUAAUUGGUUCAAUGUACCUGCAAGCCUGCCCGAUACAGAGGUACAUACCUAUCUACCUAGUGGCAAUGGGGGCCUUCACUCUGUCCCUGACUCUGCUGUCCUGCCUGCCCUGCACACAAGAGCCCGAGGACGGGAGCCAAUCUGCCAUCAGCAGCGUCUGCACCGCCUGGAACUCCCUCGUCUCCCUCUUCCUUUUCUGCUGGUUUAUUGCUGGUAAUGUGUGGAUCUAUUCAAUAUACCAGCCCAACUACAAUCCAUCUGCUGGACCCCACUGUGAUAAGACUCUCUACCUGUUUGCAUUCUGGAUAACCUCUCUGGUUUAUAUAUUGAUUGGCGGGUUCUUUGUCGUGGGUUGUUGUGCACUGAUCUUCAUGUCCAUAUGUGGGAGGGCGGGCUUUGGGUAUGGACGGCAUGAGGAUAUCUGAUGAACAAGGUCAUAGUUCAGACUUGGCCUUCAAUGAACAUAUCUGAUUUCAUAUGGCGCUUUCUCCUCCAUUUUGCUGUUAAUGGUACUGUUGAUGGUCACAGGAUAUAUGAGCGAGUGAUGCAUUCGUCAAAAUCUGUUUUAAUGUUUGUGAGGUCCCAGUUUUGAGAGCCACCAAGUAUUCAGAGUCUGCAUCCAAUUUAUACUGUUUUUUUGCACUUGAAUUUUCAGUCAUUUUGCACUCAUUUAAUUGUAUGUUGUAUUUUGUCAAAAAAAGGAUCAUUUAUUUGGUUUUAUGUUUUGGUUUUCGAAAAGCAUUGUUGUUUAGAUUACUUGAAAGGACCAGUACGCUUAAUGCACUAGAAAUCAAAUGCAAGCUUUUGCCAAUUCUACAAUUUAGAGUUCAAUCUGUCAUUUGUGGGCUUUGGGCCAAUUGGGCUCUGCUGUGUUGAAAAAUAUUGCUUUAAUAUGUUUACAGCCGAUGAAUAAGACACAUAGGUGUUUGGUGGUGGAGAGUAGCUUUUAUCAACCAAGAUAAAAGUGCCAAAGUGCUCCUUACGGUGUUUCAGGUAAAAUAAUGAGUGCACAAAUACAUUUUCUAACAACUUUAUAAAUUUGUAAUUUGUUAAAAUAUAAACCUGUAAAUAUGAACCGAUGUCUUUGGCUUGUCGUCCUAAAAUGUAAUAAAGAAAGCUUCUAAAAGAAA